AUGUCUGGAACCUCGACACCAAACGGCACAAUAGGUUCUCGGCCACCAUCUCUCACAGAAAUUCUUCUCGAUGUUGCGUCGCCACCAUGGACCCUCAGCGCGUUCAUGGCCUACCUCUCGCAAAACCACUGCAUGGAGAGUCUCGAAUUCACGCUCGACUCCCAACGGUACGCCGCCUUUUACAACGAGAUGAUUACCAACAACCCGAACCGCGCCCAAGAGACCAAUGACCGUGUCUGUAUUUUGUGGGAAAAGCUUAUGCAGGUUUACAUCAUUCCUUGUGCGCCUCGAGAGGUCAAUCUCCCGGCCCGUAUCCGCGAUCAGCUGCUCGGCCUUCCUUGCGGCCCAAUCCCCCCUCACCCCGCACAGUUGGACGAGGCCGGCCGGAUCCUCUAUGAACUGAUGAACGAUUCAUUACUUUUACCUUUUCUCCAAUCUGUCGCUCCCAUGCAGCUCGAUGGACCCGUCGACGAGCAUGGACGCGGGUCUCGCCGUUCCUCAAACAGUAACACCCGAAUGGGUGCGCCCGUCCGCUCAAUGAAUUCCAUGCAUCAUACUGACCCAGAGUCCCUGACUGACGACAGCGACUGUAAUUCGACUCCUGGUAUGGAGCCCAUGACUCCCCCAACCACACCGCCUACUUCCGAAUGGGCUUUUACAACUUCCCCCGGGGGUCUUCAACGUGCUGUGGCUGCUCACAAUAAGGGUUGGAAGAAGAUGGGCGCCAAAUUGGGGUCACAGGUCGUGUCAUUGCCCGAAUCAUCCGAUGAAGCCUAUUGGACUCGUGAGAUUUCUCAAGAAGCUCUUGAGGCUGAGGGCUCGUAUUAUGACCACCCACUGCACAGCAACUCGAAUGCAGCGGAUGAUGGUUGGUACCACAACCCUGACCUCCAACAAUAUGGUGGUUUCGGCGAUGGCACGGCCGCGAAAUUUGACACAGCUCAAAGCGGUGCGAAGGCGUCUCUCGUGCAAAGGAACAUACGCAUGAGAAGACGACAGAACAAGCCCCCGGAGCUUAUAACUAAUACGCAGUCGGCGAGGAAUAAGUACACUGGUCAGUGCCAGCAGGCUUCCGCCACACCUUCAUAUCGUCCUGAUCUGCCUGCUCUAUUAGUAUCUUCCAACUAUGCAGGAAACAACAGCAUCGAUAACGCCUCGAUGCCAAUGACUGAUGUGUCAAAUUAUCUGCCCACGCCCACUACCAGCAAUGAGGACAUGAGGUGCCCAUUGACAAGUUCAGAAACGGAAGCGUUCAGGUACGCUUCUCCAAUAGAAGACUUGUAUGGAUGGGACGCGGAACUCGAGAGGCGUGAAGCUUCACCAAGCCGGGAUUCGAUAAGCUCCACCGAAGGUCUUGAUGCCUUUGCUCUCAGCUACAGGCGAGCCAACGGUAGCAAGCAUAGCUUGCUGCAGCGAGUCUUCCGCGUUGGCUCUUCGUCAUCUAUGGGCAAGAUGGAGACAGCUGUCUGA